UUACUAGAAAUUACAUUUUCAAUCAUGGAUGAUUGUGGAAAAAAAAACGUCUUUGGAAACCACGAGAGUUAAGGUAGAUCAUCCCUGUUAUGUGAGUAAAUAAUUUGAUAGUGAUCGUUGACGAGGAAGUGUCUUUUUAAAAUUGACAUUCAAACUAAAAAAGUUAUUAAUUUUUCUCGAAUAAUUACGGAAAAAACGUUAAUAAAAUAGAUAUGUGACAUUUUACUUUUUAUUAGUUUAUUUGACAUAUGAAAUAAUUUUUGAAAAAAACUUAAGUAAAAGUCAGCCAUACUCAAACAACUGCCGAGUGCAACAGCGAUCAAAAACAGGAUAGUAAUAAAAAAUGAGAUAAUAAAAUAUAAAAUAAAAUCUUAAAUUAUUGAUGCACAAAAAAAAAUUGAUAAAAAUUACAUUGUCAUACUGUGAGUUAAUAUAAACAUAAUUGUGAAAGUGUUGUGAUAUUAGUAUUGCUGAAAUUGACACUUUUAUUUGUGUAAGACCGUUGCCAAAGUUCGCUCCGGUAUGAGCACCAAGGCGUCUGUAAAUAGACGAGUCUUAGCUAUUCAAGCAAAGAAAAAACGUUAUAAGCCUAGUAAACGAAAGGGCAAAAAUAAUUCUCAAGCAGAAGGUGAUAAUAAUGUUGCUGGGGCUGCUUGUUCUAAAUCGUCAUCUACACGACAGUCUCAAAGACCUGAAAAUUUCCAACAGGAUGGAGCCGUACAAAAAUCCUAUACUGCUGAUAACAGAAAUAGGUUAGAACCAAGCCACAGUUCGAGUAAUGAAACAAUCGAGGAUGAUGAUGAUGUCUACAGUAGUGAAGAAGAAGAACAAGAAGACAGCAGUGAUUAUUGUGAAGGUGGUUAUCAUCCUGUAAAGAUAGGAGAUCUUUUUUUAAACAGGUACCAUGUUACUCGUAAACUUGGCUGGGGCCAUUUUUCAACAGUUUGGCUUUGUUGGGAUUUACAGGAUAGACGAUUUGUUGCACUAAAAGUCGUCAAAUCUGCAUCACACUUUACGGAAACUGCUUUAGAUGAAAUAAAGUUACUUAAAGAUGUACGUGAUACAGAUCCCAGUGAUCCAAAACGCAACAAAACAGUACAACUAUUAACUGAUUUUAAAAUAAGUGGAAUAAACGGCUUGCACGUAUGUAUGGUAUUUGAAGUCCUAGGCCAUAAUUUACUUAAAUUAAUAAUCAAGUCAAAUUAUCGAGGGAUUCCACGAAAUAAUGUUAAACGCAUCAUUAGACAAGUUCUCGAAGGUUUAGAUUAUUUACACAAUAAAUGUAAAAUUAUUCAUACAGACAUCAAACCUGAAAAUGUACUCAUAUGUGUUGAUGAAAAUUAUAUUAGAAAACUUGCCUUUGUUGCUACAGAACUCCAUUCAUUGGGUGUUAAACUUCCAGUUUCAUUAGUUUCUACUGCUCCAAAAAAAUUUCAAGAACCUAAUUUAAAUUCUAAAAUGUCUAAAAAUAAAAAGAAACGUCUGAAGAAAAAAGCAAAACGACAAAAUGAAUUGUUAAAAAAGCAAAUGGAACAAAUUGAAGAGCUUGAAGAAAAAGCCAAAUCUAUGAACAAUAUUCAAGAAAAUGGAGAAUUAAAUGAUAUAACAAACAAUCCUGAACAAGAUGCUAAAGCAGAUAGUAUUGAAGAAAAUACAGGAAGUAAAAGUUCACCUGAUAUUUCUGAUCCAGUUGCUUCAUCUCCUGUAAAUGGUAUUUAUUCUAGUUCUAUUGGUACAAAUAAUCAAACUUUCGAAAGAUCGUCAAAUUUGUUUGUUGAAUCACAAAUACUUAUGGAAGGCGGUGAUGAUGGACCAAAAAAUUGCGAGAGUGAUCCUGGAAUUAUGUCAAAAAUAAACGAUCCUGAAGAUACAGAUGAAUGUAGUGAAAGACGUAAUCUUAAUCCUCCUGAAAAUAAACAUCCAAAACGUGCAUCCGUAGCACCAUUAGAUCCUGCAUUAGUUGACUGUGAAGUUGAAGUAAAGAUUGCUGAUUUGGGUAAUGCUUGUUGGGUACAUAAAAAAUUCACAGAAGAUAUUCAAACUCGUCAAUACAGAUCACUCGAAGUACUGCUUGGCGCAGGUUAUAGUACUUCAGCAGACAUUUGGUCUACUGCAUGUAUGGCAUUUGAAUUAGCUACGGGUGAUUAUUUAUUUGAACCUCACAGCGGUACCGACUAUACAAGAGAUGAAGAUCACUUAGCGCACAUAAUUGAACUUCUUGGUGAGAUUCCUCGACGUAUUGCUCUUUCCGGUAAAUAUUCAAAAGGAUUUUUUAACAAAAAAGGAGAACUCAAGCAUAUAACUGGUUUAAAACCUUGGGGACUAUAUGAAGUAUUAACUGAAAAAUAUGAUUGGUCACCAAAUGAAGCGCGAGAAUUCGCUGACUUUUUGACACCGAUGCUUGAUUUUGAUCCGAAUACGCGUGCUACUGCAGCUGAAUGUCUUAAGCAUCCCUGGUUACAAAUUAAGUAAAACAAUUCGAAUUUCAAGAAACUGUGCAAUUAGUUGGGUUCUUGAUUUUCGUUUGAAUAUAAAAAUUACUGAGUACCGAUAAGUGUUCAGAAGCUUGUCAAGCAACUAAAACAAAAUUUUUAUAAAUUCUGUGUUUCUUAUUACAUCAUGAAUAAUUCAUAUAGAUAUAUUUGGAUUAAAUGUUGCAGUUACUUAUUAACUAAAGCAGGCACGGAUUUUUAUUGUAAAAGAAAACGAAUUAAAUUGAAGAGAAAUAUUGGUCAAUUAAUCAUAACGAGUUUAUGGAUUUUUCGAAGCAAUAACGUUCUGAUAAAAUAUUGUAAUAGCAUAUCUGAAAUUAGCAUACACAGGGAUAUUGAGUAUAAAUAGAUGCUAUUACUUAUUUCUCCAUAAUACCUCAGUAGAAACAAAAAGAUCAAUGCGACGACCCAAUGUGUUGUUAUAUUUUUCAUUUUUAACAUUUGAUAAUUGUUUUUUAUUAUACAUACAUUUUUGCCACUCCUUGAAAUUCAAAAAGUUUAAACUUUUGGUUUAAAUUCUUAACAUUUUUUAAAGAUAUUAAAUGAACGUCCCAAUUAAUGACUCUGAAUUGAUUAAAUUACAAAAACUAGAUUUAAUUACACAAAAUGUAGAUUUAUAAAAUUAUUUAAUGAUAAUUAAUUUUACUAAAAAACUUAUUUAGAAUGAAAAAAAUCUAUUGUUAAUACAAAUUAUAUUAAAUCACUUCUGAUAUUUUAUACGUAAAUAUUCUUAACUGGCUGUUUUA